AUGGGCCCCAUCGAGUGCUUCAAGGACUUUGUCACCCCAGACACGGACAUAAAGGUCACCUUGAGCAUCUUUGAGCUGGCCACGGCUGCCGGGAUCCCAUGUGACAUUGACCCAGCCCUGGUGACUGCACUUUCCAACCUGAAGACAGACAGUUCGUCCCCUGAGGAGGAGUACAAGUCAGCCUGUCUGCUGCUGGUCUUCGUGGCUGUAUCUCUGCCGCUCCUCGCCUCCGACCCCUUCUCCGUGUACAGCAUCGAGAUGGACGGUUACAGCAACAAUAUCCACUGCCUGGCCAAAGCCAUUAUCCACGUGUCUGCCGCACUCUUCAUCAUCCACAGCAAGAACAUCGAGACACACCUCAAGGAGUUCCUGCUGCUGGCGUCCGUGAGCCUCCUGCAGCUGGGACAAGAGACUGACAAGCUUCGCUCCAAGAACCGGGAAUCCAUCUCCCUGCUGAUGCACCUGAUUGUGGAGGAGUCGUCCUUCCUUACAGUCGACAUGCUGGAGACCUGCUUCCCCUACGUCCUGCUCCGCAAUGCCUAUCGUGAGGUGCACAGGGAUUUCCUGCUGAGCAAACUCCCUGCCCACUGA